AUGUCGGGUUUGUUUUUGCCGCAACUGCGGCUCCUUCGGCCACAGGGGUCAGUGACGCCGGUAUUUUUAGUAUUAAUAAUUUCUUUGGCUUUUUUGUCCUCUACGGCCCUGUCCUCUUCUUCUUCUCCCUCCUCCUCGUCCUCCUCCUCUGGUCCAUCCUCGUCCCUGUCAACGGCCAGUGGUGAUUCAGAGGAGGAUCCCCGGGAUGCGGUGAAAACGGCCACAGAGAGGGCAGCAUUACCCGUGAAGGAACAUCCCGAGCUGCAACGGGAGAAUGAAAUUUCCGCGGUGUCCGAGAAGUUAACUCAGUCGAAAAAAGACACGUUAGGAAUAAAGGAGGCUGACCGGAGUGUGGUUGAGCCAUCCGAUUCGCUUGCGCUCGCCCAUGUGAUGGAGGAGACAAAAGAGAAGAAUCCCCUGCAGGCGUCGGAGGAAAAAAGGCAUGAGAAACGCAGAAAUGAUGCGAUGAGGGAAUUCGCGUUGGUUGUACAACAGGAGGGCGAUGGUGUUAUGCCAAUCGUUAAUGACGUGGAUACGCUCACACCUUCAGUUUCUGCCGCGGAGUAUAGUAUAAAUGACCGUGACGUUGAUGAAACGAACCAUCAUAUGAAUCGUGAUAAUGCGGUUGACGCGGCAGCCGAAUUUGGUAUUGAGGAAAUUUAUUCGAAAGAAUUCCCUACAACCGAAACCGAGACGGAAGGGGCGGAUGCGUACUCGUUUGUACCAAGCCAAUUAUCGAAUGUGGAGCUGUCGGAGCUUUACCAAAACUUUGUGCGUUCCAUCUACAACGGCAACCUUUCGUCUACUUUUGAGCUUAUUAGGGAGGGAACCUUGCAUGGUCACGGUCGUCUGCAUUGGUUACUGGGUGUAUUACACGCGAAUGGAAUUGGGGUUCCGCAAUCGGAUGCCAAGGCGGUCUUGCAUUACACCUUUGCAGCGUUGGAGAACGUAUUUGAGGCUCACAUGGCUCUUGGGCGGCGGUAUACAGAUGGACUGGGCGUCGCGAAGAGUUGCCAGGACGCCUUGGAGCACUACCGCGAGGCCGCUGACGUCGUCGUUACGAAUUAUGAGGGCAUGCCUAAUCCCACAGAACGGUUUUCCAAGCAAUUCAGCGCGGACGCAUUAAAAAAUGGCGGGCAUUCUAAUUCAAAGAUGGUACAGAUGCUGAUGUUCCGAGCAGAUGAGGGCUCCACGGACGCGAUCAUUUCCCUUGGCUACGCUUAUUUUAAGGGAAUUUAUGGAUUGCGUCGCAAUUGGCAUCAAGCACGCCUCUAUUUCCUUGACGCCCUCGCAAAGGGUGAUGUGGCGGCAUACGGCGCAUUGGGGAGACUGUACGCCACGGGCGACAGUACUGCACAUCCGGCAAUUGGGCGAGAUCUUGCAACCGCCGCGACUUAUUUUUCCCAAGGAGCAGAGAAAAAGGACGCCGUCUCACUUAACGGCAUGGGAUACCUGCACGCGAUCGGUUUCUUUAGCGACGGGAACUCGUCAGCAGCGAAGGGGCGAAAACCGAAUUUUGAGAAGGCGGCAAAGUUCUUUGCCGAGAGUGUUGACCGCGGAAGCGUGGAGGGAACGCACAACCUUGGGGUGCUGCUUCUGCACGGUCGCGGGGUGCCGUAUGAUCCAGCCGCCGCGAUCAAGCAGUUUGGAUUAGCAGCGAUGCGAGGAAACGUUCUCUCCAUUUGGCAACUCGCACGCCAUGAGCAGAGAAAGGGAAACUGCGAACAGGCGAUGCAAUUAUACAGUCGUGUGGCGGGGUUUGACUCUAUUUUCGACCACACCAACGAAGUGCCGUACUUUGCACUCAGCGAUGGAUCGUCGUCGUCGUCGUCGUCGUCGUCGUCGCUGUAUUCGUCAUCGUUUGCUUCAAGUGCAGAUAACAUUUUCCCGCAGCUUUUAGAAAUGCUUGCAAUGGCAGAGACCGGGCAUGCCGCGUCUCGGUACCAGGUCGCGCAACUGUUGGAUAAAUUGCCCAUCAUUGAAGAGACAGACGAUGAACUUGAGGACGGCGUCUUUGCAAAGAGUGGCCGCCCUCCUGAGCGCGCCCUGCGUAUGGAAAGUGGCGUCGUGUGGCUGCAGUGGUACCACAACUCCAUGCGUCCCGUGCCCACUGGGGAAGCAUCACUUAUUCCACUUGCGGACGCACGACUUUUGUCGCAGAGAGAGGCGCUUAACAUGUUGCGACUGCGAAUGUACGGAUUGUCCGCUCUUUCUGGCAGUGCGGAGGCCAACUUGCGACUAGGAGAUUUCUAUUACUACGGUGAGAGCCAACUUGUUGGCGUAAGCAUGUCGCGGGCGUUGCUGCAUUACGAGGCUGCUGCGGCGAAACAAGACCCCAAGGCAUAUUUUAAUUUGGGAUUUAUGUACCAAUUAGGGCUUGGCGUUUCUGGCAGGGACCAAGUCUCCAGCGUCUCCGAUGCCCUUUACCGCAUCAUUACCAACACCUUACUAGAGGACGAGACAGAAGGAGGAGGCAAAAGUGGAAGUGAAGCCAAUUUUAGCAGGACGACGAGUACGAAGAAUGUCAAGGACGCUGUUCUUGCGGAGGAGAUGCGGCUGUACUUGGCAAAGCGGUAUUACGACCGUGCCAUGGAGUUUGGCUCAGGCGGGAGCGGCUACGCUGUGAAGCUGGCGUUAAUGACCCUCAACCUCCAGUGGUGGUGGCUGUACUUUUCGCACCAGCAGUUCGGCUUUUCCGGGAUGCUGCGGUUACCGAUGCCGAUGGCGCGUGGUGGCGGUGGCGGUGACGGUGGCAGUGGUGCGGAAAAUGAAACUGAAAAAGCGUCAGUGGCGCCGGAGCUUCAUGAACAACAACAACAACAACAAAGACAAAGACAAAGACAGGAACAUCAGGGGCCGAAGCAGCUGCUCUCUACCGGGUCAGGAACAUUGCCUGAUGUGGUGUCGCAUGAGUGGCGGUGGGAUGACUACACGUUUGCGGCCAGCGCAACAACUUUGUUUUUACUACUGCUACUACGCCACCAUGUGGCGUGA